AUCCUGCACCAAACUCUCCGGUAUCCUGAUGGAGUCUACUAGGUGUCAGUCAUUUGGCCAUGCCUAAGCCGAAGAGAGGCGGGGAAAAGUAUCGUAAUCAGCUGCGUCGCCUUUUGCUGACGCCAGAGAGUGCGCGUCAGCAGUUUAUCAGAGAGCUCUUUAGACAGCCUCUUCUGCGCACCCACCUGCUGCAUCUUAGUUCAGCCGGCUUUUAGAGUAGUAACCGCCAGAAAGGAGUCGGAAGAGGUCUCACGAGGCUGUCAUCACCGCCAUGCCCAAGAAUAAAGGUAAAGGAGGUAAAAACAGGCGCAGGGGUAAAAAUGAGAAUGAAUCUGAAAAAAGAGAGUUGGUGUUUAAAGAGGAUGGACAAGAGUAUGCUCAGGUAAUCAAAAUGUUGGGAAAUGGACGAUUGGAAGCAUUGUGUUUUGAUGGUGUAAAGAGGUUAUGCCACAUCAGAGGGAAAUUGAGAAAAAAGGUUUGGAUAAAUACAUCAGACAUUAUAUUGGUUGGUCUACGGGACUAUCAGGAUAACAAAGCUGAUGUAAUUUUAAAGUACAAUGCAGAUGAAGCUAGAAGUCUGAAGGCAUAUGGCGAGCUUCCAGAACAUGCUAAAAUCAAUGAAACAGACACAUUUGGUCCUGGAGAUGAUGAUGAAAUCCAGUUUGAUGAUAUUGGAGAUGAUGAUGAAGACAUUGAUGAUAUCUAAAUUAAACCAAGUGUUUUUACAUGACAAGUUCUCUGAGGAUGGUUCUACAGUUGGGAUUUUGGCCAUCAUCAAUUAAGAAGAGAAAUUCAUUUAGUAUGUAGUUUCUGAAAGCAAACUGAUUUAUUUUCAUUGUUUUAAAGUAUUUAUUUCUUUAAAAGCUGAGGACACUGAAUUAUCUUAAGUUAAAUGUUAAUACUUUAUUGUUUUGAUGUAAUGGAACUUAAGGAUAAAAGACCAUAAUAUUUGCUGUUAAAAUAAAUAAACGAAUGCCUUUCCUACUGUGAUAA